GCUGUUCUGUCUGCUGCGUUUUUGUGCCUCCAUUUCCGUUCCCACGCGGUGCGGAUGGUCGCAGCGCUUCUCAGCCAUCCUGGUGCGAUGCUGCCCCGCAGGUGGUGAAGAAUGGCGUACCCGACCCUUUGGUUUCUGCUCUUCGGAAUUCUCCUCAGUGGGGCCCUACUCAGUGCAACUGCCAUCCAGCCAGAUGCUGCCUGCCCCCGAAGCUUGGACUGUACCCUGAGAAGGAGGGCCUUGUGCCCACCAGGCUCUGGUGCCUGUGGGCCCUGCCUCAAGCCCUUUGUGGAGGAUGACCUUGGCCGAUGUGUUCCCAGAAAACAGCUACCGAGAGGUAAAAUGCAGCCCUGGCCAAACCUGGAAGAAGAAAUCGACUUACUGGCUAACAUGCUGGCCCAUCAAGACACUGUCCCCCAGCGCCAGGACACUGUCCCCCAGCGCUUCCGCUGGCCUGCAGCCACCCUGGUAUCCCCAGGACAGGAGCCCGAUACCCCAUCCCCUCAGGACGCACAGGUUCCCACCAUCAGAGCCUCCCAUUCACCUUCGAGGCCUGUGGAGAUGUCACCUGUGGAUCCCCCACACCCGUCCAAUGACGUCCUUGUUCUCAUGAUGAUCGUGGUCUGCGCAAUGGCUGGGCUCUCGGCGCUGAUUGUGGCUGUUGUCUGCUGGUGCAGGUUACAGAAGGAAAUCCGCUUGGCUCAAAAAACAGACUACUCAUCCAAGUCUCAGAAAAUAACCGGCUCCCCGGCCUUCGGCAGAAGCAUGCCUGGGGACAAGAAGCUCGCCCAGAGUGCCCAGAUGUAUCACUACCAGCACCAGAAGCAGCAGAUGUUGUCUCUAGAGAAGCAUAAAGAGCAGCCUAAAAUUAUGGACUCUGGGUCUUCUGAAGAAGAGAAUGAGGAUGGAGACUUCACUGUCUAUGAGUGCCCUGGCUUGGCCCCUAUGAAUGCCUUGACUGGAGAGAUGGAAGUGAAGAACCCAAUGUUUGAUGACUCUGCUCUGGUGGACCCUAGCCCCCGUGCUGCCUCUAGCCCUCGAGCUGGCUCUAACUCUGGAUCUGGGCCCCGUGUCAGUUCAGGCUCCCGCCCUAGUGGGUCCCGGACUGGCUCUCGUUCCAGCCCCCGGCCCCCCAGGCUGGUGGCCCCCAAAUCUCACCAAUGACCAGCCUACUGCCUUCUCCUGGCCAGUGACUCCAGCCUGGGAAGGGGGAGCUCUGAAGGGGCUGGGGAUGGCCAGGAUAGGGGUAGGGGUGGGGGUGCUAAUAUUAGGAUGUUUCCCCCUAUUAAGGAAAAAAAAAAAAAAAGCAAAAAGGAAAAAAAAAAAAAAAAGCUCUGAAAUCCCCAAGUUUUGCUGUUUGCAGUGAGUGCUGGCUCCCCUCCUGUUUGGUGUCCCUGUACUCUUCCAGUGUUGGGAAAGAGAUGAGAAGGAAGUGAGUAAGCCAUGAGCUCCCCUCUCCAUCUUCCCAGAAGGAAGGGGGUCUAUCUAUCCCUUCCCCAAGUCCCUUUCCUUCCUCAACUUUUGGGGCUAGGAUUCUUCUAAAAAGGGAUGCUUUGUAAUAUUCCCCUCCCCAGGCCAAGGCUCCCUGUAACCAGGACCCUGGCACUCUGGGAACACAGAGCUGGCAACUGAUUUUUGUAGUCUCUGUUGCCUCCCUCAGAGCCUCUAGGACAGGGGAUUAGGCCAUUUAUCAUUCCCCUCUCCCAGUGGCAGAGCCCCAAAUGUUUCCUUGGCCCUGCGGACCUGGUGCGUGGGCCCUAAUCAUUCUGCCCUCCCAGUUUUCUUCCCCAGUCCCACCAAAGUGAUUCUAGCUCAGGAUCCCCAACUGGGUGAGGUGGGCAUCGGUGCCAGGGCCUGGGGCAGGUGCCCGGGAGGUUCUCAGCCCUCCAGGCCUGUCUUCUCUGUGCCUGCGUCCUUCCCUCUCCCUGUGCCCACGUCCACUCCUGGUCUGUGCCUGUGUCCUGUCCUGUUUAUUCUGGCCCCCUGGCUCUCACUGUGAGACUCCUUUUCCCCUCCUCUGCUUGUGGCCGGGAUUGUAUCCACGUGCAUUUUGAAACAAAUUCACUUUUAUUAAAAACAAUAUUUCAAACA